UGAUCAUUAACCCAACGAAAAGAUUAAAUGCCAAUUGGUUGCCUCCGAUCCUACCCCUGAGAGAUAGUGAGAUCCACCCAUGUCCAUCAUCCCACUCAAGAAUUCAGCCCCGACACACAGGCUUCACCACAAUCAAUCGAUCGAUCGAUCAAUCCCAUGCAGGGCCAAUGCAAAAGUCUAGCGUUUGAUCGAUUUAUUCCACUGUGGGAAGAGCAUAAGAAUUAGGAACAUAAGAAUUAGGAGCAGGAAAGAGGCCAUUCGGAGAGACUCCUUUGGACACUGCGGCGUAUGAGAGAGAAUGCUCGGUUGUGGCAUCUGAAUUUCUGACUCCAAUCAAGCCAUGGCCAGACGGGAAAAUGGACUUUGCAUAGAUCUGGAGAAGUUCCACGUUUCUGAAGCUUGUGGGUUUGUCCUGCCAGAGCCACUGACUGUCCUUCCAGGAUUCUACCAACCCUGGAUGGAGAUGGCAAACAGCCUGACCGGUCUGAUUGAACAGCACCAGCUUCGUCGAGAAGUCAACCAGAUGCAGCUUCUCAGCACAAAUUUCCUCACAGGGCACAAGCAGCUGAGAUUGGCACAUCUGGCUCUCAGUUUUAUCACAAUGGGCUACGUCUGGCAGGACGGAGAAACCAACACCACAAAGGUUCUUCCCAGGAAUCUUGCUGUGCCUUUCUGUAAAGUCUCUGAGAUCCUCGGGCUCCCACCCAUCUUGGUCCAUGCGGAUUGUGUUUUAGCUAACUGGAAAAAAAAGGAUCCCAAUGGUUCUAUGGAAUUUGGAAAUCUGGAUACUAUUUUCGUUCUUCCCGGAGGAGACAGCUUGAAGGGGUUUUUCCUGGUGACUUUGCUGGUGGAAAUGGCAGCAGUUCAAGGCAUCAAGGCUGUUUCCGUUGCAGCUGGAGCUGUGUUGAGGCCCGAUGAUGACUCCCUCGAAAACGCUUUGCAAGAUCUGGCCAAGUCAAUUAAGCAGAUGAAGGAGGCUCUCAAGAAGAUGGAUGAUCAUGUGGACCCUGCCACCUUCUAUGGAGUAAUUCGUCUCUUUCUCUCUGGAUGGAAGGACAAUCCAGCCAUACCUGAGGGUUUGCUGUACGAAGGAGUGGCUGAAGAAACCAGACAGUACUCGGGAGGGAGCGCAGCUCAGAGCUCCACACUUCACUGUUUCGAUGAGUUCCUGGGAAUACGCCACAACAGGGAAAGUGCUGGGUUCCUUGACCGGAUGAGAGAUUACAUGCCUCCCUCGCAUAAGGCAUUGAUCCAAAUUAUCGCCUCCGGGCCAUCUGUGCGAGAGUACAUCGUGUCCAAAGGCAGUCCCGCUCUGCGGGAGACUUACAAUAAUUGCGUAGCUGCACUCGUCGACCUGAGGAACCAUCACAUAACAGUAGUCACCAGAUACAUCAGUAUAACCGCGGCCAAGGCGAAGGCUGAGAAGGCGAAGCAAACAGGCUCGGCACAUGUACUCCAGAGAGCACCCUCCGCCUUAGAAGAACGUGGAACAGGUGGCUCGGGGAUUAUGUGUUUUCUAAAGAACGUUCGGGAUACCACCAAGAGAGGAAUGAUAGAUAUUUGACCUUAUUGUUGUAGCGCAGGGGGCAAAAUGCACUGUGCCUUCAGUCACCCUCUUACCCCUACCCUCCCCGCUCUCCUGAUCGCAACCACCACCUCGGGUGCCGAUCCCUGACUGUUCAGCGUCUUGGGACGUCCUCCUGACGUGAAAGAAGCCGCGCAAAUGUAAUUUGUUGUUGUUGAUUACAUUGCAUAGCGCAUCACCCUCCACCCCACUCCCCCACCCCAUAAUGUAUAACAUAUAUAUUGGUAACCAACUUCAGAUUAUUUAUUGGUAAAACAUCAAUAGUGAGGUUGCGAUCAGCAAACCUUCAGUACAAAUAUCAGAAUGGGACCAGUGUGUGUGUGUGUGUGUAAAAAAAAGGAUUCAACCUGAAUAGAAGUUCUGGCAGGAUUGAAAUCUUUUCUUUUUAAUAAAAAUUUUAAAUAAAGGGAUUUCAUGAUUUUACUCUUCUGACAGUAUCCAAACCAGCUGAUAGCAUUUACUUGUAAUUGCUCCAAGGUUAUGUUAUUCCUUUCAUAAUAUAUAUACAGUGUGUGUGCAAGAGUUUCAUAAUUGACUAUGAAAUGGGAGAGAAUUUGCACCCUUUAUUCCUUAUACAAUUGAACUGGUUUUAUGUCAUAUUCUGUGUAUAAGUAUCUCACUGUGACAUUCGCAGUGAAAUAUGCUUGAGCAUAUUAUUGAGAGUAUACAUCUACUAUGAAUGGUCUCUUAUGGUCCGAUUACAAUGUCAAAUAUAUCUAUCAAUGUUAUAGAAAUAUAUAUAUAUAUAACUACAGAGAAUUACAGCUGGUGGGAGUGCACUUCAAAAGGAAACACGUCUUUGGGUUGAGCUGAAAAUCGUUCUACUUUUUACCUUCCAUUAUGUGAAGUCAUCUUUAUUCCUCAAAGUAUCAGCCUUAUGCAUUCCUCUCAUCUCUUAGCUUUUAUGUAAAGUUACAACCUUUAUUGACGGCGGCCCAAAUUCUUGGCAGAAUUUUGUGGGUUUAAAUGAUAAUUUGAACUCAUGCAAAGCGAAUUGUUUAUCCAACUUAAUAUUUCUUGCUGUCCCCAACCACCGAUUCUGCUAUAAAUAAAAUGUCUGUUUAAGAGAUUUAUCUUUUUUAUGCCUAGUAAAUUUUUUUUAGAAGGAUAAAAAUAAAGUGAUCAUCUGCACUGUU